AUGACUUCCAGCAAGGACUACGUUUUCAAGCAGGUUGGCAAUACGUUGAUUGAGGCAACGGCUUACUGGAAGCCAACAAAGAGUAAGGAGCCAAAGGGGCUUGCUCUGGCUCUUCAUGGAGGAGGUUUCGUGAUAGGAUCCAGACAUGCGUUGCCAGAGGUUGAAGUUGGGUAUCUUGCCGACGCAAACUUUGUUGUCGUAUCAGCUUCCUAUCGACUUUGCCCACAAGUUCCCUUACACGACGUAAUUGAAGACGCUAUCGACGUUUUCUCUUGGUGCAAGACGGAGCUUCCGCAAAAGUUCGAAGCGGACACUGGCUUUAGGAUUGACGCACGAAAGGCGGUGGUUUUCGGGCAAUCUGCUGGAGCACUCUUAGCUUUACACUUGGGUGCUCUGGCGGAACCUCCCCGGGCGAUUCUUGACUUUUAUGGCGUCAAGUACGUCAGUGAUGAAUUCUGGCACAAGCCUUUGCCUGCCUUAGCUGCCAUUCCGACACUGCCACAGGCUUUAACCGACAAAAUCUUUGAAGAACCGGUCAUGACGACCACUGUCACAUCCCUAGAAAAGGCAGCUGCGUCUCAAGACGGGGAGAGAAAAAGGGGCAUGCCAGCACCCGAUCUAUCGGUUCCUAGAAACGCCUGGCUAUUCGCAGCAUUGAAGAACGGGACACAGAUGAAGUCCAUCGUCAAAGACGAUGACUUCGACCGCGUCGACCCUGUUAAAGUGUUUCACCCAAAAUUCCCCCCAACCUUUUUUGUGCAUGGGGAUAAUGAUGGCUUGAUUCCCAAUGCCUUCAGCGAAAGGGCUUGUAGGGAGCUGACCGAGCUUGGAGUGAAGGCGCGUAUCUCUUUGAUUCCAGGCCAAUCCCAUGGUUUCGAUGCCGGCUUAGGAGUGGAUGACCCGGAAUGGCCGCAGGUACGCGAUGCGCUGGACUUUCUCAUCUUCUACGGAAACAAAGCCAUCUGA